AUACAGAUAGAGUACUAUGCGCGUGAAAGCGCAGACUUUACCGCUCCCUCCUCACAAAGUCUAAGCACGCUCUAUAGUCCCUAGUUCCACUCGUCUUACCAUCUUCAUGGCACCACAGGCGCCGGACGACUGUACCGGCAGCGGCAGUCCUACUCGCGACGACGAUGCGACCCUGCACCUCCCGCGCAUCCUCUGCCUCCACGGCGGGGGCACCAACGCGCGCAUCUUCCGCGCUCAGUGCCGCGUCAUCCGGCUCCAUCUCGCCGCCUCAUUCCGUCUCGUGUUUGCCGAAGGGCCCUUCUCCAGCCCGCCCAGCCCGGAUGUCGAGUCCGUCUACGGCGAGUGGGGACCCUUUCGGUCCUGGCUACCACCGGCACCCGGGAAGGUAUCCGAUAUCGACAUCGGCAGCAUCGACUCGAGCAUCGCGGCAGCUGUGCGGGCGGAUGACGAGGCCGGCGCGACCGGCCGCUGCGUGGGAUUGCUGGGGUUCAGCCAAGGCGCUGGGGUGGCGGCGAGUUUGUUGUGGAGGCAGCAGAGGCGGGACCAGAGCCAGGCGAGCGGAGGGGACAUGGACAUGGACAUGGGCGUGGAGUGGGAGCGAGCGGUCGGCGACUAUCGCUUUGCUGUUUUGAUCGCCGGGCGGCCGCUUUCCAUGCCUCUGGCGACGGAUACCGCGCUGAAGGACGUGGCUGCGGAUGAGCCUGUGUUACUGAGGCUACCGACGAUUCAUGUCCAUGGCCUGCGAGAUCCUGGGCUUGCGAUGCAUAGGAGCUUGCUCCACGACUGCUGUCAGAAGUCUACCGCGCGUGUGGUGGAGUGGGAUGGAGAUCACCGGGUUCCGAUCAGGACCGACGACGUCGUUGUUGUGGUCGCCCAGAUUUAUGAUGUCGCUUUUGGGUGUGGCAUUCUGGGAGAGUGAUUGUGCGGGGUGCAUAUAAUGUUGGCUGGCCGACCGCCUGCCAACGGAUGUUCGUUUUGGCUGGCGCAACAGGUGAUUGCAUGGAAGUGCGCAUCACUUACCUAUGGACAAUGCGAGUUUGUUUGUCAGCCCAGAAC